UUUCGUGGAGCAAAUACCAACAAAUACCGCUUUCAUGCAUUAAAGAUUGCUUCGUAUGUAAGCUUAUAAUUACGUUUUCUAGCAUAUUUUUAAAAAGAUUCACACUAUCUACAGACAUAUACCGAAGCGUUUUUUAAGCUUAAUUUAGUCUCACAUCACUGGAAAAAAUUCCCUUGUAGAACUUAAAAUGAAACUAUGUCAUCAUUGCCUUUGAAACAGCACCACAAAUACAUAGUAAUAUGGUUUCGACGGUGAGUCAUAAAGCAUUUGUAUUGUAGAAGACUUGCUCUAUUUUAGGAAACUCACUUUGUUUAAAGACUCGAUGUUAAAUUUAGUUUUUUUUUUUAUUGUAUAAAGCUACAGACUUUGGUACUCCAUAUUUCGAGGAUUUGCAUAUUUCAAGGUUCGAGACUCUAAUUUUAGCACAGAGAUGUCACGAUUAACUGUUUGGGUCUUUUGCAAUUGAAUACGCAGCGGUAACACUAUUUGCUCACUGAUUGUAUUCCAAAAUUUACAAUAAGGCAGAAUUUUGUUUUGAAAAAAUAUAUUGUUUUGAUCUUAUGCUAAGCUGAUAUUAGAAACGUCGUCCAUAUUUAAUCAGUGAUCUUUUUGUUAACAGAUUCUCUUACAUUGGUUAUAAUACAUAUAUUUGAACGGUUUUGUAACUUCUUCAAGAGCUAGUACAAGUAUUUAGGCAUUAGGCAGGCUAGGACCGCAGAAUGUUGAAAUUGAGCCACAAUGUUAUGAAGUUGUAACUCAAUUGCUCUAUUUUGAGCCUCAACAUAUAAAUCUCCAGAGUGUGAUUGAAAUUAUCUCCGUCUCGGCAUUUGUUACACAAUUUGAGAGCAUACGAGUAUGUUAUAAAGGAGUAUGUUGUUGUUGCGCAUGCGCUAAAUAGUGUACGCCACCAGUGCCUGAGUGAUAUGUUGCAGGUGCAACUUUUGAGCAACCAUAGCCUUAAACGAGUAUGUAUUAUGUUAAUAAAUAUUUUGCACAUAACACAGCAUGUAACUGUAUUUGAGCGUAUACACUGAAGCGCCGAGAGUCACACACCGCAAAACAUUGUAAAUAAUAUAAAGAAUGAAGUACUUGCGCGAUCAGUAGUCAGUCGAAUGUAUAACGAGAAUGUCGCCGUUAGCAAACAGUUUGUACUCUAAGCGUGCGCUUUGCUACAUAAUGCUUGGCUGGACGUUGCUUGUAGCAGCCGUGAGUGCACAGGGUCAACGUGAUGAGUUCAUCAUACGCGUCGCCGAACUACCCAACGACUUGCCCAAUGAAUCGGAUAGUGCUGCAAGUGUGGGCGGUGGGUUCAAUUUAAAUUUUGACGAUUUCUCAACCAAUGUCGCGACGGGUUUGGGUGGUUUGACGAUUGGCGAUGCGGCGGCGCAGCAACAGCUGCAGGCGCCCGAUGCGGUAGUGGAGGGUCUGAACUUGCUGCAGCGCAACAAUUUGGUGGCAGCUGCGGGAAAUGCGCAGGCGCCUGGACCACAACAACGCAUACGUCAGAAUUUAAAUAGCGGUUUGCGGCGACGUUGAGUCGACUGUGCAAACAAUAGCAAACUUAUCGUACUAUGAAUUAUAAAAUCAAUUAUUAUUAAUGCAGCAACUAUGCGAAUAACAUAAUUAUUACUUGCCUUUAGAAUAUUGAGGUGACUAUGCGCGCCAACUCAAUGCAAACUUAUUUUUUUAUAUACAACAGCUGAACUAAAGAGCGGCGAACAAUUGUGAUUCAAUUAAAAUUGAUUUUUUGUACCUAAGUGCGGUUAAUUAAUUGUAUAUUAUCACAGGUGAAUGCCGUUUGGUGCGAAUAAUUUACUUGAAAGUGUGAUUGUUUCAAUUAUUGCGCCAAUUUCAUAGCAAAAUCCAUAAUUGUGAUGUUGCCAUGAAGGCUUGAGUUUUUAUUUUAAUAAAAUAAAUACUUUAAUUGGCGUUUUCUACUUUUAUAAUCGCACAUAAUUAUUGACUUAGGAAACCACAGUACUUCUGUUUGCACUGAAAAAAAUACGCAUACAUUUGGAAAUAUAUAUUAGAGAUGCAAUUGCCGGAUACCGAUAACUAAUGUCAGGAUUGCUGAUUGCUGCGUUAUUAUAAUAUAAAAAUGUAUAACUAUUGUAAUUGUAAUAUAUAUACAUAUACUAAGUAGGGUGUUAGUGGAAAAUAUAGUAUAAAAUAUAUAAUCAUAUUUGUCAAAUAAUUUUAUUCUCAUCAUAAACAAUUAUUUCACAUUUCGUUUUUCUAAAAAAAAAUUAGUCAAUCCUAAAAAUAGCGAAAUAUCUCAAACUGAGUUGACUGUAGUUGACUUAAAUAAGUUAAGACAGAUGAUACUUUACAAAUGUAAACUAUUUGACUCUAAAAACUAUUUUCUUAUAGUUUGUAAAACUUACUUCAAGGAAGUCCUUAUUGAAGCAAAAAUACUUCGAAAUCAAAAUGAUACAGAUGUUGCUAGUUAAGCUCAAUCCAUUUUCUGGGAUGUCAUAAUAAGGAAACUACGGGAAAACAUUUUCUAUUGCGCGCAAAUGUGAUUUUGAUUUUCCAAAUUGAUGUUAAAUUAGAAAUAUUGUAACUUCGGUACUUGCAAAUGUCAAAAAGUUGUCAAUUUCAAUAGUUAUAACAUUUCACACGAAGUGGAUUGACAAUCAUAUAUUCAACUUUUUCACCAGAUUGCCAAUUUGGCUCGCUUUCAUAGAUUUCACUACGACUGUCUUUAAAUUUAAUUUUUAGUAAAUCUCUCUCUCAAAACUGGUAUGAUCCACGAACACAAAAAAAUUAUUUUAUAUUCAAUCUGUUCUUUUAAUUUUUUUGUAACUUUUUCAUAUGUUAACAACCUGUUUACUUCAAAUAAACUGAAAAAUUAACUCAGAUGGUAAGGAAUCUAGCUGCCAGAUAUUCAUUACAUCUUUAGUACGAAUAGAUGCAUUUAUUUUUGUACAAAAUAAAAAUAAAAAAACUCAAACAUUUGGAUAUUUCAAUUUUUCACAUAAAAUUUUGAGGAAAUGUGUGUGAAAGGUUUUAAUACAAUAGUUGUAGAUCUUUUCAUUACCAACAAAAUUGCCAUAUAACUUGUUCCUAUAGGACCCGACUUUGCCGGAAAUCACGAUAAACCAUUUUUAACCCUUAAAAAUUUCACCACGCCCCUUCCUGUCCUCUUCUCGACCACAGAUUGCAUGUAAAUUAUUUUAUAUAUUAGUUUUGUUAUUUUAUCUCUCGUUUCCCAUGGGUUAAUUUUAACAUGGUUUUUUUGCUUUCAAAAAUUAUCUACCUUGGUCUAAUUUGUUUGAUACCACUAUAUAAGUAUUUUGUACGACAAUAAGAUAUAUUUCUAUAAUUUAAACAAUUUAUUUCUUUAAAACAGUUUGUAUUGUAUAAAAAAUCUAGACAAACAGUAUAUUCUAAGAUGAAAAUCAAAUAAAAUUCCCGAAUUAUCCUUGUCUGGGAAACGAAUAGAAAACAAGGCAUGUGUUUACAAAUUAUCAUUUAGUAGCCCCGAACUAUCAGCUGAUCAAAGUUG